AUGGGAAAAUUCAGUACGUACAGAUAUUUAGAGUUGAAAGAUGAUGAUACCUCAAGUUCACAUAUCAAUGUAAGAAGAAGUUUAAAGCAACCAAGGAAAUUCAAGAAGGUCUUCAUUUUUUUAAUAGUCCUAGCAGCAUGUGGCACAUAUUUUUUGGGUCUAUUCACGGGCCAGACACAGUGGUUCGAUGGCCUCGCGAAGAGUCUCGGAUAUGAGAGCGUUUACCAUCACGCCGUUAUUAUUGACGCUGGAUCUUCUGGGUCCAGAGUAUUAGCCUAUAAGUUCCGCGUACCGUUUACAGUAUUUGGUCAAGCCAAUUUAGAUCUAGUAGAUGAAUAUUUCGAAGAAAGCAAACCGGGCCUUUCUUCUUACGUCGACGAUCCUAAAAAGGGUGCAGACACGAUAGUGCAAUUGAUAAAAAAAGCAGAGUUCCUUACGCCGUUAGAGAAACGACGAUCCACGCCGCUUAUAGUUCGCGCGACGGCUGGUCUCCGGUUGCUACCAGCUGACAAAGCGAAGCAACUUGUACAAGAAGUAGCUGACACUAUAGCCAAAUUGGGCUACGAUGUCGGCCCAAACGGUGUUGAAAUAAUGGAUGGUUCAGACGAAGGCAUUUUCAUUUGGUACACAGUUAAUUUAUUGCAUAAUCUAAUUGGUGGAGAAACCAUGGCUGCCUUGGACUUAGGUGGUGGUUCCACUCAAAUCACUUUCCAACUGCGAAAUGAAGACAUGAAGAUGUACCCAGCUGCGGAUCAAUAUGUGGUACCGGCUGGAGACAAUAUUACGUUGUACACUCACAGCUACCUUAACCUUGGGUUACUGGCAGCCAGACACGGGGUUUUCAGAAUGGAAGCUGGAGAUAAUGACACUAAUGAAUUUGUCUCCGUGUGCGUGGAUCCUAUUGUACAAAAGGAGAAGUGGACUUAUGGGAAUAAGCAAUAUAUUAUCAGCGGUGCCCCAAGACCCGAUGGCAUGAAGCGCGAGUCUGUGUACAAACGGUGUCAUGCAAUAGUGAGCCAGUACGUGGAACGUACCCUGGACUUCAAGCCCAAACGAGCACCAGCUGGAAGCGUAGCGGCGAUGAGUUUCUUCUACGAAGUUGCGGCUGAUGCUGGUCUUAUAGACGUUAUGACGGGCGGGCAGGUAUCAGUAAGCGCGUAUAGGUCGGCCGCCCGUCGCGCAUGCUCCGCCUCGAACGUUGAACAACCUUGGGCCUGUGUGGACCUCGUUUAUAUGGUCACAUUAUUGCACGACGCUUACAAGAUCAGGGACGAAGAACUUAUAUCGCUGUUCAAGAAAGUGAACGGCCACGAGGUCUCUUGGGCAUUAGGUUUGGCGUACACAACGGUGAUGAACAAAAUUACAGCUGCACCGGCCGCCUAG